AUGUACAUUACUGGAGUGUUUCUUCUGACAGCCAUCAGCAUUGACCGGUGUGUUUCUGUCCUCUUCCCAAUCUGGCAUCGCUAUUCACGGCCAAAGUAUUUGUCCCCUCUUGUGUGUUCCUUCCUAUGGAUCUUCUCUUUCCUCCUGGUUGGAAUUCCAAACAUUAUGAAACCUGUAUUUCAAUAUGCAUUUAUCCAGGAUGUCUAUUUCCUGGCGACUGUUGUGCUUUCCUUUCCAUUGAUCACAAUCUCUGUUGUGAUCCUGUUUAUCAAAAUAUAUCUUAAACCUAAACAGUUAAAACGGGGAAGACUUUUAGUAAUGAUCUUAAUUACACUUCUCUGUUUCUUCAUUUUUUCUAUUCCUUUAUGGAUCUAUGUGUUCACUACACAUUUUCUUGGCAUGGAUUAUCAGGAUAUAUUCCCUGAUUUGCAAAAUUAUUUUUUUCUGUGUGGUUCUCUUAACAGCAGUGUUAACCCAGUGAUCUACUUUCUGGUUGGGAGAAAGAAACUAGCUCCAUCCUUGGAGAACAUCAGGGUCACUUUUGAAAGUGCCUUCAAAGAAGAUGAAGCUCCUCAAACCAGAUAG